AUGGGGAGUAAAGCUAGAAGGCCGCAGCAUUGCCAUGCGGCUACGUCAUCGGCUGUCCCUGCUGAGCAUGUAGGUGAAGAAUCCGACCAGUCUGGGCCAGGCUUCCAGGACAGGUCACACAAUGAGAAGAAGGAGGACCUUGAUUCUCGUUCGGUAGAAUCUGUCAGGGCGGAGGAAGACAAGGACAAGGACAGUGAUGAAAGCCUAGACACCGACUUCGACUCCGGCUCUGAAGCAGGGCGUGCCCGCAUCACUCGAAGCAUCUCCGAGGUCCGUGACGGCAUCCAGAUUCGUCGCGAUGUCGAGCUCGGCGCCGACAACGACCAGCUGGAGAAGCAGGCCACUCAGCGCAGUGAACACGACCCCAACCUUGUGACCUGGGACGGGCCCAACGACCCGGAGAACCCAAAGUGCUGGACCUACCGCAAGAAGUGGCUCGCCGUCUUCGUCGUUAGCAUCUUCACCCUCAUAUCGCCCGUCUCCUCGAGCAUGACGGCCCCGGCCCUCCCAGACAUCGGCCGGGAGCUGCACAUUACCUUGUACAUUGAGCAGAUUCUCUCGCUGUCCAUCUUCCUGCUCGCCUACGCAAUCGGGCCCCUGUGCAUGGGACCGCUCUCGGAGAUCUACGGCCGCACCAUCGUGCUGCAGCUCAGCAACCUCUUGUUCCUCUUCUUCAACCUGGGAUGCGGCCUCGCACGCACCAAGGAGCAGCUCAUCGCCUUCCGCUUCUUUGCGGGCCUCGGCGGCUCCGCACCUCUGGCCAUCGGUGGAGGUGUCCUGUCCGACCUCUUCACCGCCGAGGAGCGCGGCCGCGCCAUCUCCAUCUACAGCCUCAUGCCCCUCCUGGGCCCGGCCAUCGGCCCCAUCGCGGGAGGCUUCAUCACCCAGCAGACCUCGUGGCGCUGGAUCUUCCACGCCGUGACCAUCGCCGACGGCCUCGUGCAGGUCCUCGGCUUCUUCUUCCUGCGCGAGACCUACGCCCCCGUCCUGCUGGGCCGGCGGCGCGCCCGCCUCGUCCGCGAGACGGGCAACGCGGACCUGCACACCAUCUACGACCGGCCCGACCGCACGCUGGCGCAGACGCUGCGCAUCGCCCUGACGCGGCCCUUCCGCCUGCUCUUCACGCAGGUCAUCCUGCAGGUCCUCGCGCUCUACAUGAUGUACCUCUACGGCAUCAUGUACAUCCAGCUGUCGACGUUUCCCGCCCUGUGGCGCUCGUACGGCAUGGGCGUCGGCGCCGGCGGGCUGCACUACAUCUCGCUCGGCGUCGGCUUCUUCCUGGGCGCGCAGGUGUGCGCCCCGCUGCAGGACCGCGUCUACGCCGCCCUCAAGCGCCGCCGGGGCCUGUCGGCGGAGGGCCUCCCCGAGUUCCGCGUGCCCAUGAUGGUGCCGGGCGCGGUGCUCGUGCCGGCGGGCCUGCUCGUCUACGGCUGGACGGCGCAGUGCCGGACGCACUGGAUCGGCCCGGACGUCGGCGCCGCGAUGCUGACGGCGGGCGUCAUCGUCGGCUUCCAGUGCAUCCAGGGGUACCUCGUCGACACGUACGCGCUGUACGCGGCGAGCGCCAUCGGCGCGGCCACCGUGCUGCGCAGCCUCGCCGGGUUCGGGUUCCCGCUGUUCGCGCCCGCGCUGUACGACCGGCUCGACUACGGCUGGGGCAACUCGGUCAUGGCGCUCGUGGCCGUCGUGGUCGGGUGGCCGGCGCCGAUAUUGCUGUGGAAGUACGGGGCCGUGCUGCGGGCCAGGAGCCCGUAUGCUCAGGGGUAG